AUGGUGCACGCGAUCACUUAUAAGAAACAGCUAAAGUACGCUUCAGAGGGGACACAUCGCGAUGCCAACCUCGAGGCCAUGAUUGGUGGCAUAGGGGCGUCUGAGCCUGAAUGGGUUAAGGUGUCGAAGCUGUUUUUUGAUACCAUUGACAGGCACGAAAAGUCUUAUGCUGACUUUGCGUUUGGUGGGCCUCCGGAUGGGAGUUCCGAGGUCCUGAAAAAGGCUGCGGAGCGGAUGAGUCUGAUCAUGGUCUCGGCCGACGUGGUUCACUUGGGUGGCAUGGCGCAGGACUUACGACAGGCGAGGGAACUGACUGGAACGACGAGAUAG